GUUCGUAAUGAGCAUCCAGACUUCUCACUUAAGCUACAGACAUUGAGCCAGAACUAUGACUGUCUAUCUUCCACUCAAACGCUGCCAACAGACAGAGACCGGCAACUAUCCUUCCUUCCUUCCUUCCUUCCUUCAUCCAUUCACGGUGGGAAUUCAACGGCUGAUUGAAGCCAGUGAGUUAGACCCAAUUAGGUCCCAGGUGAUUCGAGAAGGCUACUGGACUUGGACUGUACUGUACAAUGGAUAAGGU